AUGCCCAGUUCGCUCUUUGCAGACCUGGAGAGGAACGGGAGCGGCGGCGGCGGUGGUGGCGGCGGCGGAGGUGGAGAAACCCUGGAUGACCAGAGAGCCUUGCAGAUCGCACUGGAUCAGCUCUCGCUCCUGGGGCUGGACAAUGACGAGACCGGCUCCCUGUACGACAAUGAGCCCCGGAAGAAGAGCGUGAACAUGACUGAGUGUGUGCCGGUGCCCAGCUCGGAACAUGUCGCGGAGAUAGUGGGAAGGCAAGGUUGUAAAAUCAAAGCGCUACGGGCAAAGACCAACACUUACAUCAAGACCCCGGUUCGCGGGGAGGAGCCUGUCUUUGUUGUGACUGGCAGGAAGGAGGACGUAGCUAUGGCCCGGAGGGAGAUCAUUUCGGCCGCGGAGCAUUUCUCCAUGAUCCGCGCCUCCCGGAAUAAAAACACCGCUCUCAAUGGCACGGUGCCCGGGCCGCCCAACCUUCCUGGCCAGACCACUAUCCAGGUGCGGGUGCCCUACCGCGUGGUGGGGCUGGUGGUGGGACCCAAGGGGGCCACCAUCAAACGGAUCCAGCAGCAGACACACACCUACAUCGUCACGCCCAGCCGGGACAAGGAGCCCGUGUUCGAGGUGACCGGCAUGCCCGAGAACGUGGACCGGGCUCGGGAGGAGAUCGAGGCGCACAUCGCCCUGCGCACUGGGGGCAUCAUCGAGCUCACCGACGAGAACGACUUCCACGCCAAUGGCACAGACGUGGGCUUUGACCUGCACCACGGGGGCGGCGGGCCCGGCCCCGGCAGCCUCUGGAGCAAGCCUACCCCCAGCAUUACCCCCACUCCCGGUCGCAAGCCCUUCUCCAGCUACCGCAACGACAGCUCCAGCUCACUGGGCAGCGCCUCCACGGACUCUUACUUUGGCGGGGGGACCGGCGGCAGCACCAGCGCUGCGGCCACCCCUCGCCUAACGGACUACAGCCCACCCAGCCCCGCGCUCAGCUUCGCCCACAACGGGAACAACAACAACGGCAACGGCUACGCCUACCCCGGAGGCGAGGCGACCCCCUCCCCAGACUGCUGUGCCGAGCUGCCGGGCUUCGAUCCUGCGCCAGCCCCGCCGCCAGGGGCCCAACUCCUCUGGUCCCAGUUCGAACGGUCCCCUGGUGGGGGCCCCGUGGCACCGGUGUCCUCCUCUUGCUCCUCUUCCUCCGCGUCUUCGUCCGCCUCAUCCUCCUCCGUGGUCUUCCCCGGGGGCGGCGGGGGCGCGUCCCCCAAUGCCAACCUGGGGCUGCUGGUGCACCGCCGGCUGCACCCCGGCGUCAGCUGCCCCCGCCUGUCCCCGCCCCUGCACGGCGUGGGGGGCGAGCACCAUCUGGCGCGCCGGGUGCGCAGCGACCCGGGCGGCGGGGGCCUGGGGUACCCUGCCUAUGCCAACGGGCUGGGCGCUCACCUGCCCGGCCUGCCGCCGUCGGACUCGUCUGCUUCGUCUUCCUCCUCCAGUUCCUCAUCCAGCUCCUCGUCGUCCUCCUCGGGACUGCGACGCAAGGGCAGCCGCGAUUGCUCCAUCUGCUUUGAGAGUGAGGUGAUCGCAGCUCUGGUGCCCUGCGGCCACAACCUGUUCUGCAUGGAGUGUGCCAACCGCAUCUGCGAGAAGAGCGAGCCCGAGUGCCCAGUCUGCCACACCGCAGUUACUCAGGCCAUUCGUAUAUUUUCAUAAAGGCAAACACACCCACAUCCCCUCCCCCUGCAAACACACCCUCUUUUCUCUCUCCCAACCUUAUACACUCCUGAGAUCCAAGAUG